ACAAACAACUAACAAUUCAAAAGAGUUCUAAGAAAUAUGAUGUAACUUCACACACAAAAUAUAACAUUAAAAUUGCGAAACUUUUUCAGGCAGUUUUACACAAACAUCAUGAGGGCGCUGCAGUCUCUACUUUUUAUGAUUUGUUUGGACACUUAUGUUACUACAGCAAUGACCACAGGUCAGCAGUCUUACUCAGUCACACCUGGUAUAAGUACAGGAUUGACCACAGGGAGUUACACCAACUGGACAAAUAUCAGCCAUCUUGGUCACCACAUACAGCGACGUAGCCUCGUUUUGAUGUGCUACCAAAUGGACCAGACGUUGGGGCCUUCCUGCCUGACGUACAAUGGAUACGGAUGUUACUGUGGGGCUGGUGGCCGAGGCCGAGCGGUGGAUGACGUCGACAAAUGUUGCCAGAUACAUGACUCCUGCUAUGGUAACGUCCGAUGCAUAUAUUACUGGUUCGCCUACUUCGUUCACUAUCACGUCUGGUGUAGGAGGGGGCAUUGCAGCUGUUACUAUCCAAGCUUGAACUGGUGUGCUUACACAGUCUGCCAGUGUGAUCGUGAAUUUGCUGAUUGUCUCCGGUUCAAGUCCCUGAGUUAUUAUUACAAGAACUACAACAAACGAAAGUAUUGCUAAGAAUCGAAUUACGAUAUAUAUUAAAUGACAUUUUUUUUUUAUUCUAGUCAAUCCUAAAAAUCCUAAUGUUUAAUCAGGCAUGACGACGCAUGAAGAUAUUGUUUUGACAUUGAUAUUUCUAUAAUAUGUUUAACUUUUUGUCGAAUGAUUUUCCCAGAACACGCAAAAUACAUAAUACACAAUACAUGUAGUUUGCUUUUGGUUGAAAAGAAAGAUUCAAUAGGUUAAAUCACAAACUUGAAAAAAAAAAUUAUAGCUUAUAGUGCCACUUUCAGCUUAUAGCAUUCUCAGAUAGAUAUGGGCUAAUCUAAUUUGUGGACCAGUGGGUGGAGAGGUAUAUGGGAAAAGGUUAACACAACUCUGCUUAAGUAGAAUGUCGAACCACGAGCCCUCUUUAUAGGUAGCCAAGCCAUGUUCAAGCGUACUUAGCCUUUCGACCACGCUUCCCAAAACAAAGCUUUAAUGAUAAAAAAUACAGGUCUGCCUGGUUGUGCGGUGUGCGCGCAGAAUUGACGUUUGGUUGUUUCGAUGGUCAGGAUUCAAACCAUACUUUCUGCCAUCCCCCGUCGUCCUGCUGGAGGUUUGGACUAGAAAGUAUACGGCUCCUUCUGUCGCGGAAGACAAUGAAUGCGCCCAGAUGAGUCAAUGGUUUUGGUUUCGUCUUUAGACGGAGCAGAAUGUGGCGUGACUGAUCAAGCCAAUUCUGGAACGACAGAGUUUGCCACAGUUCGUGCAUGUAUAUGCAUCUGACUUAGGGCUAGUUGACAGGGCAGCUUUCUUUUUCUUUCUCUUGACUGAUGCAGCUUCGUUUCUUUUGCUCUCGGCGAAGUUCGUACCAGCACGUACAGUCAGUCUCCAUGCUGUCCGGUCUUGGGCUAUCUCCUCCCACAUACUUUGGCGAUGCCCGUGGCUCUCAUGUCUCGCUUGCAGGCAUCUCUGUAGGUUAGUCUUGGGCGGCCCUUGAGUCUGACUCCCUCUGCAAGCUCAGCGUAUAGGAUGUCUUUAGGGAUUCUUCCAUUGGGCAUGUCGGUGACAUGUCCAAGCCAGCAAAGUCUUCUCAGUAGUGUAAGAUGAGCAUUGAUGCUGUGCAUAUUGGCUAGUUUUAAAACGUCCUAGUUGAAGACAUGACCCCCCCCCACCCCAGAGUUCCACUUUCAAUCCUUGUGCUCUGUAGGGCAGAUAAUGUUAAGGUCAUCUGUUUAUGUUGCCUACGGCUAACGAGGGUGUCAUGUGGCCAGCGCAACGAUCAACCGCCUUUACUUUUCCACAACUAAUGUCAGGUACCCAUUAGAGCUGGGUGGGCUCAGAGGCGCCCAUAGAUUCCGAAAUUAAAAAUCCCAGUCUUCACCAGGAUUCGAACGGUUCGGAGGCCAAGAGCGUUGCCGCUCAGCCACCGAGCCUUCGCCCCCCCUCCAGAAGAUGCACAUUAUGCGACGUAGGCAGCAAGAUACUAGGAAGUAGAUUAUCUUCAACUCUGAAGGAACAUCCGAAGCAUGUAAAAAAAAAGUAAUUUUUUAAUGAAAUAAAAUAUUUUUAUUCUCAAUUUAGAAACCAGGAAAACAUUAAACUUUCACUAAAUAUAUAAUAAGUAACGCUAAUAUUUUUUAACCUUAAGUAUGCAGCUAGCUUGAGCAAAUAAAUUACAUCUACUAUUUUGAAUCAAUCAUACAAUCAACUUUUAAUAAAUCUAGACUAAC